AUGUUUAUCGCGGGAAGGACGAUUCGAGUGGACCAUGUGCAGAACUACAAGGUGCCCAAGGUCUUUGAUGCUGACGGAAAUGAGAUCGAGCCGGACGAGGAUACCGUCAACAAUGCCGCACCCAAGCCUAUUCAAGGUACAAAUCAAAAACCCAUCCUUGCCAACCAAGCCAUUUUGGCAUCGUUGCGAAAAUUGCAUCAUCAUAUUAUUAAUGCACACCUCCACCCUGUUUUUCAAACUUUUUUAGAAGAGGCGUCGGGUGAGGAUGAUGAUUCGAGCGGGUCAGAGGUAGACGAUACAGGAAUCGAUUUCGACGACCCCAUGCGCGAAUAUAUUCUCAAGAAGCGCAAGAAGGACGCCCGCAAGGUUAAACGCAAGGCCGAGAAGGAGGCUGGGAAAUCAGAGUCCAAGGCUGAGAAGAAGGCGAGGAAAGAACUCAAGAAGGCGGCAAAGCGGGACAAGGAUGGUGGUAGUGGUGGCAAGAAAUCCAAGAGCAAGGGGAGCGGCAAGGAUGACAAGGAGUCCUCGCCUUCACCGUCAACAGCGCCAACAACGGCAGUGCAGGAUGGUGAGGAGAGCAGGGGAGGAGAAACCAUGGAUGUCGACAUCAGGAAAGAGGAAUCUGCGGACAAAACUCGAAAGGACUCAUCCACCUCAGAUCACAACAUACCAAUCAACAAAGAAACAUCAACAGCAGCCGGAUCGCCUCCACUAUCUUCCUCACGCCAGGGGCGUCCCAGGUCUAGAUCCAGAUCUCCACGUCCUAGGUCUAGGUCACGAUCCACCGGCAGGAACCGUGGCCGUGGCCGAAGCCAAAGCAGGGAAAGAUACCACGACCGCAGCAGCAGAGAUAGCUACAACAACGAUCGUGGUCGCAGGCGGAGGGGAUACUCAGGGGAGCGUAGAGAGGAGAGUCGGGAACGCAGAGUCGAGGAUGUUCACAAAAGAGAUGACAGCAGAGACCGCAAGCAGGGCGUCAUGGAUGACUCUUACCAUCGGAGGCGACAUGGUUCUCCGGACAGGAGUCGCCCCCGUUCACCAGACAGCAGCAGUCGUCGUCGAGACUAUGAUCGCGAUUAUCGUGGAUCGAGAUACAGGAGCCGUAGUCGAAGUCCUCCUCCUCCUCGUCGUGGUGGUGGCGGUGGCGGCCGUCGCACUCGGUCCAGAAGUCCCGAGAGAUCUUGA